AUGGCACCAGCUGCGACCGACUCGCCAUCUCAGGCCGACACACCAAUGACGGAUGCAUAUGACGAUGCCAUUCCAUCGAUUCCAGUCGAUAGUGCAGACGCGCCCCAGAGCUACCAAGAUACCCCCGACUACACGGAUUCCGACACCAACCCCAACACAACUGCUAGCAGCGUCGCCGGCGACCUUCUAACAGAUGGACGUCGUCGCAGGUCUGAGGCCACUCAGCUGAGGAAAAGCAUCCUGGGCAAGAAGCACGGUCGUUUGGACGAGUCCAAGGAAGAUGAUUCGAUUCGCCGAUUCCGUUACCUCCUUGGCCUCACCGACCUGUUCCGCCACUUCAUCCAAACCAACCCCAACCCUCGUAUCAAGGAGAUUAUGGCCGAGAUUGAUCGUCAGAAUGAGGAGCAGGCUGGCAAAGCUCGCAGGGGCUCUUCGCGCUCUGGUGGCGCGAGCGGUGAUCGACGCCGUCGCACCGAACAGGAGGAGGAUGCUGAACUCCUGCUGGAUGAGAAGCGGGGCGGAGAGACUACCACCGUGUUCCGCGAGUCGCCCGCAUUCGUUCAUGGCCAACUUCGCGACUACCAGAUUGCUGGUUUGAACUGGCUCGUCUCUCUCCAUGAGAACGGUAUCUCCGGUAUCCUGGCCGAUGAGAUGGGUCUUGGAAAGACACUACAGACAAUCUCGUUCCUGGGCUACCUUCGCUUCAUCUGUGAUAUCAGCGGACCUCACUUGGUUGCUGUGCCCAAGUCGACACUCGACAACUGGAAGCGUGAAUUUGCCAGGUGGAUUCCCGACGUUGAUGUCCUUGUUCUCCAGGGUGACAAAGAGGAGCGACAGCGCUUGAUCAACGAACGAUUGGCAGACGAGAAUUUCGAUGUCUGCAUUACCAGCUACGAGAUGAUUCUCCGAGAGAAAUCUGCCUUGAAAAAGCUCCCCUGGGAGUACAUCAUUAUCGACGAGGCUCACCGUAUUAAGAAUGAGGAAUCCUCCUUAUCCCAGAUCAUCCGCCUCUUCAACUCCCGCAAUCGACUCUUGAUCACCGGAACCCCGCUACAGAACAAUCUGCACGAGCUAUGGGCCUUGCUCAAUUUCUUGCUUCCAGAUGUCUUUGGAGAUUCGGAGGCAUUCGAUCAGUGGUUCUCUGGUCAAGACUCCGAUCAAGACACCGUGGUGCAACAACUACACCGUGUCCUCCGCCCCUUCUUGCUUCGACGUGUAAAGAGUGAUGUCGAGAAGAGUUUGUUGCCGAAGCAGGAGAUGAACUUGUACGUUCCCAUGGCCGAAAUGCAGCGUAAAUGGUACCAGAAGAUUCUCGAAAAGGAUAUCGAUGCGGUCAACGGAGCUGGUGGCAAGCGCGAGUCAAAGACUCGUCUGUUGAACAUUGUCAUGCAGUUGCGCAAGUGUUGCAAUCAUCCUUACCUGUUUGAAGGCGCAGAGCCCGGCCCACCAUACACGACUGAUGAGCAUCUCGUGUUCAAUUCCGGCAAAAUGUCCAUCCUUGACAAGCUUUUGAAACGCAUGAAGGCAGAUGGCAGCCGUGUACUUAUCUUCUCGCAGAUGAGCCGUGUUCUUGAUAUUUUGGAGGAUUACUGCGUGUUCCGAGAGUACAAAUAUUGCCGCAUUGACGGUAGCACGGCCCAUGAGGACCGCAUUGCAGCCAUCGACGACUACAAUAAGCCAGGGUCGGAGAAGUUCAUUUUCCUUUUGACCACCCGCGCGGGUGGUUUGGGUAUCAACUUGACUACCGCCGAUAUCGUGGUGCUCUUCGAUAGCGACUGGAACCCCCAGGCUGAUCUGCAGGCCAUGGACCGUGCUCACCGUAUCGGUCAGACUAAGCAGGUGAAGGUCUUCCGGUUUGUUACCGAGAACGCGAUCGAGGAAAAGGUCUUGGAGCGGGCGGCCCAGAAACUCCGGUUGGACCAGCUGGUCAUCCAGCAAGGCCGGGCCCAGCAGGGCUCUAACAAGGCUGCUUCCAAGGAUGAGCUGCUGGGUAUGAUUCAGCACGGUGCCGCCAAUGUCUUCAGCAACAAGGACGCUGGUGAAGAUAGCUCGAAGGACCUCACGGAAGAUGACUUCGACGCUAUCCUCCAAAAGGGUCAAGAAAGGACGGCCAAGUUGAACAAGAAGUACGAGGCAUUGGGUAUUGAUGACUUGCAGAAGUUCAGCUCUGAGAGCGCGUACGAGUGGAAUGGCAAGGAUUUCACAGACCGCAAGAAGGACAUCGGCAUGACCUGGAUCAAUCCUGCCAAGCGUGAGCGUAAGGAGCAGUUCUACUCCAUCGACAAGUACUACCGUCAGGCUUUGGCCACCGGUGGUCGUACUGCCGACACUAAGCCGAAGGAGCUACAGGCGCAGGAGACUGCCUGGCAUCAGAAACAGAUCGGCCACAAGGCUGAGCUGCCCGAGGGUCCGGAGGAAACCCUGAGCGAGCGCGAGGCUGAUCGAGAGCUCGCCCAAUACACGAUUGACAAUGCCCAGCCCUUGACAGAGGAUGAGCAAACCAAGAAGACCGCCAUGACCGAGGAAGGCUUCUCAACCUGGAACCGCCGUGACUUCCAACAGUUUGUCAACGGAUCAGCCAAGUUUGGGCGCACCGAUUACGAAGGCAUUGCCACCGAAAUUGACAGCAAGGAGCCGGAUGAGAUUGAGGAAUACGCUGCGGUCUUCUGGGAACGCUAUUCCGAGAUUGAGGAUUACCCCAAGUACCUACGGGUGAUUGAGCAGGGAGAGGAGAAGCUGCGGAAAAUGAACCACCAGCGCAAGAUGUUGCGCAAGAAGAUGGAGAUGUACCGCGUGCCUCUGCAGCAGCUCAAGAUCAACUACACCGUGUCUACGACCAACAAGAAGGUUUAUACCGAGGAAGAGGACCGCUUCCUACUGGUUAUGCUAGACAAGUACGGUGUCGAGGGUGAUGGCUUGUUCGAGAAGAUCCGGGACGAGGUUCGCGAGUCUCCUCUGUUCCGCUUCGACUGGUUCUUCCUCAGCCGUACCCCCGUCGAGAUCAGCCGCCGCUGCACAACAUUGCUCAACACCGUGGCCAAGGAGUUCGAGCCCGACACCAAAGACGCCAAGGACACCAAAGCCAAUGGCGAGGGCAAGGGCCGCGGUCGCGCCCGUGACGAAGAAGAAGAAAUUGAUGACGCGGCACCUGCAAAGAAGAAGGCUAAGAAUGGCGCCACAACUAAGCAAGCGAAGGCCGCCAAGGGCAGCAAGAAUGCUUCCACAACAAACUCACGGGCGGGUAGCGUUGCCAACGCACCCAAGACUAAGACCCGGAAGCGAUGA